UCGGGGGAGCUCCUCGUGAGUGCUCGGAGUUCCCGUUAGUGCCGUGCUAUGUGUGUGUCUUAUGUUACAGCCAUGCCGCACAUCAGUGGCCAGAGCGAGGGGAGAGGGGAGGAAAAGCCUGUUUACACAGACUGCAAACCGCCUGGGGAAUAAUGCAGGAAAGGAAGUGAGCCGGCUCUCUGUCUGACUGCUCCGACUUCCUGCUCACACAGACACACACACACACAGACACACACACACACACACCCCGACCGAAAAAAAAAAAAAAAAAAAAAAAAAAAAACGGGGAAAAAAAUCAGGAUCUCAUUACAACAGCAACAGAGCGUUUGCAGAAGGCUGUCAGCAUGGGAAAGCGGGGGGUUUUACCCGGCUCCCUCUGAACACCGCGAAGCAGCGGGAGGGACCCGCACGCUCUGGUGUCUGAAAAAAACUUUCAUCAUGCCUGCAGAAUAGGUUGUAGCUUUAGAGCUGUUUAAAUUGGCUGACAGGAACAGCAAGAACCAUUUGAGGCACUGCAACAAGCAAAAGGUAUGGAGAGUGCAAUCACACUGUGGCAGUUCCUUUUGCAGUUGCUGCUAGACCAGAAACAUGAGCACCUGAUUUGCUGGACGUCUAAUGAUGGCGAAUUCAAGCUACUCAAGGCAGAAGAAGUGGCUAAGCUGUGGGGACUCAGAAAAAACAAAACUAAUAUGAACUAUGACAAGCUGAGCCGAGCGCUCAGAUACUAUUAUGACAAGAACAUCAUCAAGAAGGUGAUUGGACAAAAAUUUGUGUACAAGUUUGUGUCCUUCCCUGACAUUUUAAAGAUGGAUCCACACGCCGUGGAAAUCAGCAGAGAGAGCCUUUUGCUGCAGGACAGCGACUGUAAGAUGGCCGCCGAGAGCAGGGACGUGCACAAGCACAGCUUGUCGGCUCUGAAGAGCACAAGCCGCAACGAGUACAUCCACUCCGGCCUGUACUCCUCCUUCACCAUCAACUCUCUGCAGAACCAGCCAGACCCUUACAAGCCAAUCAAAACAGAAAAACCGGAGGAGAAGUCGGAAGGAAGCACGCCGGUCGAGGAAGUGCGGACUGUUAUAAGAUUUGUGACAAACAAAACAGACAAACAAGUCAUGAGGCCCAUGGUGUCAUUGCCUUCCACCUCCGAAACAGCAGCUGCUUCUGCUUUUCUCAGCUCACCCGUAUCAGCCAAAAUCUCUUCCUUAAUGCUACCCAACAGUGCCAGCAUCUCAUCUCCAUCAUCAUCCUCCUCCAGGUCGCCGUCGCUGUCUCCCACCUCACCCCUCCCCUCUGAGCACAGGAGCCUCUUCUUUGAGUCCAGUUGCCACGACUCAGAUUCCCUCGAGCCGCUGAACCUCUCCUCGGGCUCCAAGGCGAAGUCGCCAUCUCUUCCCCCAAAAGCUAAGAAACCCAAAGGCUUGGAAAUCUCAGCCCCACCUAUGGUUCUUUCCAGCACCGAUAUCGGUUCCAUUGCCCUCAACAGCCCUGCUCUUCCUUCGGGAUCUCUGACUCCAGCUUUCUUCACUGCACAGACCCCAAGUGGAUUAUUGCUGACCCCGAGCCCGCUGCUGUCCAGCAUCCAUUUCUGGAGCAGCCUCAGCCCCGUUGCUCCUCUGAGUCCUGCCAGGCUGCAGGGACCCAACACUCUGUUCCAGUUUCCAACUCUGCUAAAUGGUCACAUCCCAGUGCCACUCCCCAGUCUGGACGGAGCCUCUUCUCCAGUACUGCUUUCACCGAACGCCCAGAAAUCCUGAUGGUGCCUCACGCGUUAAGGACGUUUGGUGGAUUUAACACUUCAUUCCUAUGGGCUAGUUUAUUCCUGUGUCAUGAGAAGGACAUCGUGAAACCCUCUAUUACUUUGGUUUGCACUUUUCAUUACAUGGAUAGUCUACUUUUAUUACGUUAGUGUUUUUAAACAGUGUUUAUAUAUAAAAGUAUAUAUAAAUCUGUUUUGCAUUAAAUGAAUUAUAAUUUUUUUAUAUCAUAGCUCUCAAGUGUUGAACACUUCUGUUGUUGAUGAAGUACUUUUCUGUAAUGGAUUGCAACAAUGUAUCUAAUAAGGAUGUGAAGCUUCUUUUUAAUACCUUUUUCUGCCUAUUACGCAUUGUGCUUGUGUAAACUAUAACCGGCUGUGCCUUCUUUUGCAUAAUGUCAUGUAAAUGAUUUAUAUAUUUUCUAGUAUUAAGAUGAAAAGUUGAAAGACAAAACUAGUAUUGAGCAGCCCUACGGUAGGAUGUCAGUAUUUUCUCCACGGAUAGGCCAUACGACGCAGCGUAUUCAUGUAACUUUGUAUUAAGUGCUUUCAAGUUGUAUAAAAAUAGCCUUAUAAUUUUUCUUUGCUGAAGUGAAAAACGUAAUACACGUUACAGUCAGGAGAUGUGUUCGGGAGUAACAAAGCCACAUUUACACGAGUUCUUCUGUGGAGUUGCAGCAGGGAAGAAUCAGGCCGUGUGUACUCGUGAGACGUCGCCAGCAUUUGAAAGUCCUUCUGUCGGAAAGGAGACGUGGCUCAGAAUCUGUCUGGCCCAUAUGUCUUACGAAGCAUCAGUGCUACGGCUGGAAAGCCUGCAGGUAGUCUCUGUCCUCCCUCAGUAAGGAUCACUGCCACCAGUUCCCCGGUGCUUUGUUUCCACGUGCCAAGUGCCUUCUACCACUUCCCUGAAGGAUCCUUCUUGCUAACGGCUCAAGGGUCGCACUUCCCCUUCCCCCGCAGCUGAAGAAGUUAGAGGACUGCAAAUGUCUGCUGCUUGUUAAGAGGCGUAUUAUAAUACUGCACACGUCUGGCGUGUUUAUGUAGAAACAUCUCAAUUCUGGACGAAGAAAAGCAGCACUGUGUUACCAUAGACUUGCAGUUUGAACUUAGUAGGUAUGUCCUCUGCCUUGAGGUGAUGGCUGAGUCAUCUAAAUGCCAGGUUAGGAUGAGGCCAGACUCCCUGGCACCGCAGAUACUAAUCUUGGCAGGGCUUGUGCAAAUCAUCCCGUUUUCUGAGGCGGCUAAAUUGGGUUGAAUGCUGUUUUGCUACUUGGGUCUUUCAGAUGAGACCUCCCGAAACCAAACCAAAAUGAGAAUCACGUUUGCUCCAGGUCAGUAGAGCCUCUGCCUUAUUUCUUGGCCAAGCAGCUGGUUGCAAGCCUGUGCGUUUUGAAACCUAUGCAGUGAGUUGUCUGCUGAUUCUCUGCUUGGAUGCAUUUCAUUGAUGAUGUGUGUAGCUAAUUGUAAAGUGCUUUUGGAUCCUUCAAACUGAAAGGUGCUAAAUAAACAUUUUAUUACUGCAGCUCUGAUGUUGAAAAGCCAUUUUUGGGGCAGAGGAAUUCUGGCAAGAGUAAGCAGGAAUUUUCCUGGGGCUCCUCAGUUUCACGCAGAAUAAUUAUGUGAAUCAGAAACCUCUGCAUCUACAUGCAACACCAGUGCUGAUAACCAGGGCAAUUAGAUGCCAGAUGUAAGGAAAAAGAACAAAACAACAGCGCUGUCAUUUGCUUGAUUCAGUGGUGUAAGAGCUCCUAGACGAACCAUCCCAAAACCAGAAGAUGCAGCAUGUAUGUGCGAAGGGUGAUUUUACACUAACUAAAACCAGAACAGAUUGGAAGAAAAGGCAGCGUAUAAGUAAUGGGGUUGGCUGGUCUAGCACAGAUUACAUCACAAAGGUUUGCAGAUCAGACAUUCCCCUUUCAACAGCAGCUAGGUGGAAUAUUUUGCAGGAACUGAAAGUUACACGGAAGCAGCUGUUCACACUCCAGAGCCAACUCUCUUUCUCAAUUUUAGAAAAGCAGAAAAGCCUACUUCAGUACUCUCACCUGACAUAUACCAGUACAGUUAAUAGGUGAGCAAGGCAUAAAGAUGAAGCUCUUCUCACUGCUCAGUUAUUCAUGAAAUUUUAGUCUUUCAAUCAAUAAAGAUACUGAAUACCACACUGAGAAAAAGAAACUGAUUAAAAAUGAAGAGAAAGUAGGUAACAGAAAAGAUUCUUGAAAGAUGAAGCAUCCAGGUUCUUAUUGCUUUACUCC